GUGUGUCACGGGGGAGGGCUUCCUGUUGGACUUUGGUCUGAGGUUUUCUCGCCAUGGCCUCAGAGGAGCUGGAUAAAAUGAAUGUCAUUACAGACCUGUCAAACAAAGCCCUGCAGGAGUAUGAAAGCCUGCAGAGGAAACACGAGACUGCAGCCAUGGAGUGCAAGAGGCUGGAGGAGGAGAGGGACAAAGCCAUCAAGACGCUCAAUGAGAUCCAACAAGUGUCUCAGAUGGUCAUUGAAGAGGUCAGUGCCAUUCAGGAGAACCUGGAGGUCGAAAGGACGUGUAGAGAAAGUGCUGAAGCCCUGGCCUCUAAAGGUGCAUUGAACCGUCAGAACCGCUCCCUGAAGAGGAAGAGCAUGAUGAUGCUGUCCCACCUCAGCCCAGAGACCAUCACACAGAUCAACCUGGAGGAUGAAGAAGAGGAGGAUGGUGAAGACCUAAAUGCAGCCAGCAAGGUGUGCCUCUCCCCUCAGUGCCAUGCCACUGUCUCAGAGCUACAAAAUAAAUUGGAGUUAGCAGUCAAGGAGAAGAAUCAAGCAGUGACUGAUCUUGAGGCAGUAAGAGGCCAACUGAGGGAAACCAGGGAAGAACUGCUGAAAGAGAAACACGAUAACACAGUUUUAAUUGCUGAGACAGUGAAGCAAAAGAAGCUCCUGGUGAAAUACAACAGAGUGUCUCAGUUUGCCGUGGAGGAAUACGAGGCCUUACAGGACAUGUUGGACCUGGAGCGGGAUCUGAGAACAGAAGCAGAGAGCUUUGGCAGAGCAAUGAUGGUCGAGCAAAAGAAUCUGAAGAGACAGAGUCAGAUCCUGAUGCAGAGCUCCUCACCUAGUCAAGCUCUACAGGAUGCCCUUAGCCAGGUCACCAGACUAACCCAGGAUCUAGAGACGCAGAGGCUGGAGCACCAGAAUCAGUUAAAGCAGUUGGAGGACAGGCUGGGGAGCUGUGAGACUCAGAGAGAGCUGACGGCACUGAGGCGCAAACUAGAGCUUGUGGAGGAGGAGAAGAGGGAGUACAGUGACAAAUGCUCCAAGGCUGAAGUGGAGGUUAAGGAUCUGCGGUUUACAGUUGAGGAGCUCCAGAAGAAGCUGCAGGCAGCUACCAACCCACCCCCAGCUCCAGCUCCAGCACCUCCACCUCCCCCACCACCUCCACCUCCUCCAGCUCCAGCUUUGGCCUCCAACCCCCUCAGCUCGCUGCUGUCAUUGAUCCGAAAGAGAAGAGACAUCAACACUGACAUCCCACUAGUGGUUCAGGACUCUGCCAAGACACCAGAGGUGGACGUCAGGCAGCAGGCCGUGGAGGAAAUGAUGCAAAGGAUCAAAAAAGGCGUUCACCUUCGACCAGUCAACCAGUCACCUCAUAGAGUCAGAAGACAGAUACAGAAGCUGCCCUCUAAUUCUGCCAUUCAGGAACUUAAAGGAAUCAUGGAGAAUUUCAAUAGAACCUCCCCCCAACCAAAGGCAGCGUCUCCGUCGACAAACCACGGUGAGGAGCUGCAGAGGAUCCUGCUGCGCCGGCGGGAUGCAGUGGAGUCCCAACACAAUGCCAGUGCCCAUCCCAUCCUCUCCCCUGCAGUGUGAGCACUGCCACCAGGCUGAGGUCAGGCCCUGACAUGAGUAUCCAGAUAAUACAGACUGGAUAUGGGUGACGGAAGAUCACGUGAUCCAGAAUCAAUGUCUAGCAUUUCAUUUUACUGUGUUUUCUGAUUGUGUUUUCUGUCUUUUGGGUGAAUUUCCACAUGGUAAAAAAAAGAGAGAAAUCAGAGCAGACAUCCUGGGUGUCAAUCAAGCCAGAGGUUACGUAGCCGGUGGACUAAGGCCACAAAUGUGUCUUUGAUUUACACUGAAGCCGUUUAUUUCAUUGAAAUGAAAGGCAUGUAUCACACACCACCUUUUCAUUCAGCUCUCUUUCUGAUACUGAAGGGAAAGCCCAAUUUAUUGUUUGCAGUGUGAGGAACAGUGAUGCAGGUUUUACAGCCUUGAGCUUUUGCCAAAGCAAAGUAUGUCUCUGAAUGACUCUGUCUAGACAAGUGUUAGCCUUGUAGCCACCCAGUGAGCAAUUACAGGCCACUGUGGCAGAUUUAGUUUCCACUGCUCCUCUCACUCACACUAACCCCCCCCCCACCCCUUCCCCCAACCAACCUCCUUAGGCCACCAUUUUAUGUAGGGCACUGUCUCCUCUCUGCAGUAUGUACUAUCUGUUCUGCCUUUGACUGUUUCACUUUGAGGAUACAAGACAAAUCAAGGGACAAACAUUUGUAGCUAAACAGAGCUGCAGGUGACUGUGUUGAUGUAGUUGUGUUGGAACAAGUACCAGUGAGAAGAAUUCUGGAGGGCCAGUUUGAAUAUAGUCACCAGUUUAAAACACGCUUUAUAACAAUGUCCUACCAGGUCAUAUAUGAGGAAUUAAUACUUACACUCAUUUGAUUGGCCAGCACAGUGUGUUUAGCAGAAUAGAGAUUUCUGGCACCAAGGUGUUUGAAGAAAUGGGAAAAAAGUACUUGAAGUAAAACAAAUUCAUUAUUGUCUCAUAUAGUUGUUUUAUAUUAUGGGAUGCUCUGGUGGUAAAAAAUCUGACAUUAUUGGCAGAUGACUGUUGUUAUGACUGUUAUGAUCUGUUGUUGUCGUUGUCGUCCUGGGGUCCUCUGUGUACUGCUGUGGUCUCAUUGAGGUGAAUGAGGGGACUUCACUGUUAAACAUGCUCAGUAUGUGAUGUUGAUUCAUUCCAGCCCUUAAUGUGUAAUCAAGCCACAAAAGAGAUUCACUUUACAAUCAGGACGGUGUCUUUCUUUUCACUGCUCUAAAAGAAAAAAAAAAAAGAGAGAAACAAAGAAAAAAUCUUGAUUUUCUGCCAUUUUUUGAGACACUUGGCCUGUCUCCUGGAAAAUAUGUCUCUAUUAAUGACUAAUUUGCAAAAGCAAGUAGAUUUUAGGAAAAACAUAAUGCAGCACAGGUCACAGUUUAACCAUAAUUAAGAAUGAUGAGGAAACAUUGAUUUUGAAUAUAUCUGUCAAGUCUGAAUGCAUCAAUAAAAUGUUUGUGUUGUGUAUGUUUUCCCAUUAAUACUUUGAUGGUUCCAUUCAGGGAACUCAGAGGUUUUGGAUGUGAUUCAGGAAAGAUGGUGGUCUUGGUUAAAUACUGAAAAUGUCAACAGCGACUUGAAGCACAAGACCCAAUGAGUUUACUUUAUUUUGAAUCCAAAAUCUCUCCUUAACUUCAACCACAGUGCAGCACUCAGGAAUAAAUCCCAUCCAGCUUAGACCCAAAGUCUCAGCUCUGCUGCACCUGUAACUGCUCUGUAAACAGAAUGGACACUCACACUUGAGUUGUGAUUUACUGUGUAAAGAUAAAGAUAUUUAAUAGAUGGACAGGAUGUCUGUUGAGGCUACUUUUGGUGGAGAAAUCUCCACAAUGGAUUUCUCCCUCUGUAACUGUUAAACCUUUGUGUAAGAAACUUCUUCUAAUUCUGAGUAAAUAAAACAAACUUUACUAUUUUCUGCAGACUGUGAAAUGUUGAGUAAUCAGAUUCUGUUGUAUCCAUGUUGGGA